AUGAAGGGGGGUGGAGAUGACGUCGCGAAGAAGCUUGAUGGGGCAAAGAAACCUGUAUUUCUCUCCAAAGCACAGCGAGAACAGCUUGCCCUUCAACGCUGCCAAGAGGAAGUAGCUCAACAAACACACAAAGCAAAACUUUUUCUUCAAAGCAACAAUGAAUCAAAACCCAUUUCUUCUUCCGACCGUGACCGUGACUUGGACCGUUGGUCUUCACAUAACCAAGAUAGGGUACUUUGCAGGGUUUUUUUUUCGAGGAAGAGGAGCAAAGCAAGAAUGAAGCGGCAGUGCCUUCAAUUUGACGUCGUCAGUGCAUUUAACGAAGCAGACGGGGAAAUGACUUUGGAAGAACCUAGAUUUGACGGCGUCAGAGAAAGUGGGACCCUGGCUACAAUAUGCCGCAAUGAGUGGCUUAAAAGUCUCCCAUUGUUAUCUGCAAAGUGCAAAGGAAGGGCCACCCUCUACCGGCGCUUCCGGUGA